CUCUAUACCACCAAAGUAAAUUGAUUUUUAAGGUGUUAUUUUUGUUAUUUAUAGUUUAAAAAAACACUAUUAUUAACGAUAUAGAAGUGAGAUAACAGUGAAAUAAACCUAAAUCUCUCAUAAAAUAAUCUACAGAAAAAUGUCAACCAGAAGUCAGAACAUUCUUAAAUUGGCAAUAGAACAAAAGCAGAAAGAUAAUGCACAAACUUCUUGUGUUAACCGAUUCUCUUGUGAAAUCUUGGAUAAUAUAGAAAACCAAGAAAACGUACCUCCUACUGAUAUUGAUAUAGAGGAGAUAGUGGAUACAGGUCUCAUUUUUGAGAAUGUACAAUUCGAUGUGAUUGCUAACCCACAAUGUGGUUCCUUGGAUGUUUCCAGUAAAAACCCUGACACAAUUUAUUCAAAUGUAGAUAUUGCCAGCGAAAGUUAUAAUAUUUCACCUUUUAACGACCUCAAUACAGACCUGCAAUGUUUUGAUAAUAGAAAUAUUAUUGAUGCCGAUAUAAAUGACAUUUUUAAUCCACUAAAUAUUACAGAAGAAAAAUGUUUAAAUACAGAUGGGGAAUGUCUGUCUACAGAAUAUUUUAGAGAUCAGCCCGGAGGGAAUGUAGAGUUACCAUUAUCUGAUAGUGAUGAUCCAGACUACAACAUGACAUUAUCUGAUGAAAAUAGUAAAGAUGAAAUGGAUGAUGAACAAGCCAUUAAUGCCCCCUCACGGAAUGCUACUGAAAUAACUCACGACAGCCAUGAAGAAAAUAAUUCAAAAGAAAUAGUUCCAAUAAACAGAUCAAAAAGACCAUGACCGCAAAAUUGGAAAAGAGAGAAGAAUAAAAUUAAAAGAAUGAAAGGUGCGAGUUAUUUAGGAUACAAUAGAACCAAAGAUGGAAGAGUAAGCCAUAAUGUACAGCGACCUUCCAGAGAGUCAAUACUUUGUAACUCCGAUUACUGUUUAAGAAACAAACGAUACUGUAGCAAGAUCUCUAUUGAAGACUCACAAAUUUUUUUUUUUUAAAUUUUGGAGUUUAUCCUGGGCCGAGAAAAAAGUGUAUGUCUGCUCUUUAGUUGAUAUAAAACCAAAAAAAAACGAUGUUACACUGCUGGUCCCUCUAGAAGAUCUGGCAUAUAUUUACCAAUUAAAAGUAAGAAAUGAAACACUACAAGUAUGUAAACGAAUGUUUUUGGGUACCUUGGGACUGAAAGAAAAAAUGGUACAUAGUUGGUUGAAAAAAAGCAGUUUGGGAAUAGUAGAAAAGGGGGCGUGUGCCGAUUUAAAUCCUGACGCAAAUGCCGAAGCAAAUCCUGAACAAAAUAAAAGAAUGAAUCACCUGAAGACGUUUUUAAAUAAUCUGCCAAAACAACCAUCUCAUUAUUGUAGAAAAGACAGUUCUAAAGUUUACUUGGAGCAAACAUUUCAAACAAAAGCUCAACUUUACAAAAUGUACAAGGAUCAUUGUCUGGAAAACAAUGUAGAACCGUAUACACUUUUUCCUUUUUAUCGCGUUUUCGAAGAAAUGAACCUGUCAAUUUUCCGUCCGAAGAAAGACGAAUGUGAUGUGUAUUAUGGGUAUAAAAUCAAGCAAAUAUCCGAAAAUGAUUACAACAUACAUUUUGCAAAAAAGACCAGAGUUAGGUGUGAAAAAGAGAAAAAUAAGGAGGAAGCAAUCCAGAAGCAGGUUUACACAUUUACUAUGGAUACACAAGCGGUAAAAUUAUGUCCAUUUUUAAACGUGGGCGCUUUUUAUUAUAAAACAAAACUUCAAAUUCAUAAUUUUACUGUUUAUAACUUAGAGUCUCAUAGUUGUGUAAAUUAUCUAUGUAAUGAAACUGAGGGUGACUUAAGUGCAUCUAUUUUCGCCACUGGAAUUAUAAAACAUUUAAAAGAAAAUUGUUUGACUGAUAAAAAACCUAUAAUUUUAUUUUCUGACGGCUGUUGCUAUCAGAACCGCAACGCUAUAUUGUCAAAUGCAUUACUGUAUUUUUCAAUUGAACAUAAUGUUAUUAUUGAACAGAAAUAUUUAGAAAAGGGUCACACGCAAAUGGAGUGUGACUCUGUUCACGCUCUUAUCGAAAAAAAAUUAAAACAUCGUAUAAUACUCCCAAGUGAAUACAUUUCUGUUAUUCGCGACUCUCGAACAAAACCGAAACGUUUUGAUGUAUGUUAUCUAACUCAUGAUCAGUUUUUAAACUUUGAUAUAAAAUCUUCUUUUAUCUAUAAUUCUAUUAGGCCGGGAAGAAGCGCCAAGGAGCCAACAGUUACAGAUCUAAGAGCGUUAAAGUACACAUCAGAAGGAAAAAUAUUCUAUAAAACUAAUUUUGAUGAUAAAUACACUGAGUUACCACAGAGAUCAAAACAAAGUAAUAUUAAAGCAGGUUCAUUCCAAAGAUUAUUCCAUGACAGACUAAAGAUAAAACAUUCCAAGUGGUUGCAUUUACAGCAAUUGAAAACGCAUCUUACAUCUGAUACUCAUUGUUUCUACGAUUCUCUUCCACAUUAUACCAAUUGAAAUGUUUUCUUAAUCAGUGGUUUUUUGUUUUUAGAUUUUUUCACCUUUGUUUUUAUUUUUUUCUUGCUUAACAAGUUUUUGUGUAUGUAUUCAAAAACUAAAUCUAUAGAUAGUUUCUGUUGUAAAAUGUUAGAGUUGAAGUGUUUUUUAGA